UGUCAAAAGGUUAAGAUGUAUCAAAAGGAAGUAAGUGAUUUGAAAGCCUCUAUUCAGCUUCUGGAAGAAGAAAAUAUUGGUUUAGUGACAAAACUGAUUGAUGGCAAACUUCAGAAUCUGAGAGUGCCCAGGCAUUUGUUUCUUACCCAGACAGCUGGCUUGCAAGAUGAAUUUCCUAAGGAUGAAAUGAAAGAAGUAGAGUAUAGAGAGUACGCAGCGAAUACAGAUGGAGAUGAAAGCCUCAGAAGUGCCACAGUCCCCUGCCAGAAAAAAAACACCUUUCGGAAGAUUCAGUCUAAAACAGAGAAUGAGAAGCCUCAAGACAGUGAUGAGGAGCUGUGGGAAAAGUUAUUCACUCCAACUCUUGAUAGCUUGUUGCAUGAAGAUGAAAAAGAUUUCCAGGAAUACUUAAAACUGGGUCCUCUGGAGACAAAGCUAAUGUGUGUGGUUGGAAGAGCCAUGCCUAUUCAUAAAGAACCAGAAGAAAUGCCAAGCAGGAGCCACAAAGAAGAUGGCAUGAUUGGUAAAUCAGACGGGCACAUCACAGCUCAGAUGAUCAAGGCCUUAUCUAAAGAAAAGGUUGGUUAA